AUGAAGCAGAACAGCGAACGAAGAAACCCUCUUUUAUGUCGCGUUCAACAUUUGACAGUGGACAAAAAUGCCGAGAAAUCAGAUGCUGAGGUAGAAAUUUCACCCAUGAUGCAGGAGGAAGAGACCCCCGUAGUUUCUCACAAUGUGUUGGCUUUUGAUCUCACAAAUUAUGAGCCUGAUCACAUUCGUAAUCAGCGUUUGAAUGAACAUAAUGAACGUCUAGACAUCCGAUUUUUCCAACAAGUUGUUUAUCAGCUCGGUGCUAAACAGAUCAAAUCUAGUGCAUAUCAUCCAGAAUUGCAAGGUGCUCUUGAGAGAUUCCAUUCUACCUUGAAGAAUAUGAUGCAGACUUACUGCCUUGAUAACGAGAAGGAUUGGAAUGAAGGAGUUAAUUUAUUAUUAUCUGCUGUUCGUGAAUCAGUUCAGGAGACAUUAGGGUUUAGUCCGUUUGAGUUGGUGUCUGGCCAUUUAGUGCGUGGCCCUUUGAAGUUGCUGAAGGAACAAUUGUUGGAAGAUAAUCCAAAAGAAUUGCACUUAUUGGAUUACGUUUCCAAGUUUCGGUCCAGACUCCUAUGUGCUUAUGAAUUGGCUCCAGAAAAUAUGAAGUCAUCCCAAGUGAAGAAUGUUUAUGACCGUAAGGCUGAAGUUCUAUCUUGGUGA